UCAAGUCCAGUAACUCAUCAGAAUAAAAAUGUAUUUCUUACCUUGCUCUCCAAGCAGUGUAGGUUUUCAAAUGUUCAGUGUAUCCAUAACUGUUUAAAAGAUCAAUUUUGCAGAAAGACGGAAACUUCCACAGCUUUAAGAAAGAAUUUGCGUUUUUUGGUUGUGCAACAAAAAUUUGGAAUAACAAUGAUUUAGGGGAACAUUCUACCUUUAAGAAAUGAGUUUUAUUCUGAUUGGUUGAACGUGAGUCUGCCAAUCAGAAGCUAGAAACUUGGUGGUGAUCCGGCCUGUCGCUUCCCUUCCCAACUAGCAUCGCACUCAGCCCGAGACAAUGUGAAAUUGGUCAGCGAGCUAUAGAGGGUUUGCGAUCGUUUUCGCCGAUGCAUUCAUUGGGAUUUUAACCACAAAAUAGAGGCCUUUUUGAAACUAUUUCGAGCAUCACUUAAAAGGUGAAGACAUUUUCCCUGCAUUGCAGCCUUUUCAGUAAUGAAACUCGGCACAAACAAUUCUAAUCUUAAGGAAACGCCGAAUGCUACGGAGCUGCGGUGAAACAAUUGGAAUGCUUAAUACUGGCAAUGAGAUGUUACAAUAUAUUUUACUUUUUAAAAUCGAAACUGCUAUUUUGCAUGUUUAUCUCCUGGGAUCUAAUUUUAGGAGAAAUUCGUUACUCGAUUCCUGAAGAAUUGCAUCUGGGUGCAUUCGUUGGAAACGUUGCUGACGAUUUGGGAUUUGAUGUCCAGCAGCUAUCUGCUCGGAAUUUUCGACUUGUAUCGGGUCCAAAUCAGCGAUAUUUGGAAGUCAAUUUACACAAUGGGAUUCUGUUCGUAAAUGAAAAGGUUGACAGGGAACAAAUCUGCGGCCCUCGUCUCACUUGCGUUUUGUCUUUGGAAGCUGUGCUUGAAAAUCCUUUGAAUUUGCAUCAGAUCGAGGUGGAGAUUCGCGAUAUAAAUGACAACGCUCCCAGUUUCCCGAAGGGCCAGGUCCGCCUUGAAAUCUCCGAAGUUGCUGCGCCGGGUAAGCGUUUUCCCCUCGAGUGCGCGCACGAUCCUGAUGUUGGAAUUAACUCCGUACAGACCUACCAGCUGGUUGCAAAUGAAUACUUCUUGUUAAAUGUUGAGGCGGGCAUUGGAGAUGGGAAGUUACCCGUACUAGUGCUAGAAAAGCCCCUGGACAGAGAGAAGCAAUCGAUCCACAGGCUACUGCUGUUGGCCAAAGACGGCGGGGUACCCGAGAGGUCUGGUACUACCCAGAUCAAUAUCAUAGUUGAAGAUGCCAACGACAAUGAGCCAUUUUUCCUGCAAUCGGUUUACAGAGUCAGCCUGGCAGAGAAUAUAACUAAAGGGUCCUUGGCUCUGCGGGUAAACGCCACGGAUUUAGAUGAUGGUUCUAAUGGAGAGAUUGUGUACUCUUUCAGUAGUGUUGCAUCUGCUGAAGUCCGUGAACUGUUUGGUUUGGAUUCGAAAACGGGCGAGAUCAGAACCAAAGCGAAUUUGGACUAUGAGGAUGUUAACGUUUUCGAAUUUAUUGUACAAGCAAAGGACCAGGGACUUAAUGCCAACCCAACAUACUGUCAUGUUGUGUUGAACAUUAUUGAUGUCAAUGAUAAUGCCCCUGAAGUGACGCUGACAUCCUUAUCCAGCCCUGUUCCAGAAGACUCUCUGCCUGGAACUGUAGUAGCCCUGAUCAGUGCGUCAGACAGGGAUUCCGGAAAAUUUGGGCAGCUGCAGUGUAAAAUCGGCAAUCAUCUUCCCUUCGCACUGGAUUCGUCCUCCAAGAAGUAUUUACGGUUGAUCACGCAGGAACGGCUGGACCGCGAAUCCUUCUCUACCUAUGAUGUGACUAUCACUUGUAACGAUGGCGGAACCCCGCCUCUCUCCACCAACAAAACCAUUGUGGUUGAAGUUUCAGACAGGAAUGACAACGCGCCACAGUUUGCGCAACCGUCCCUCACAGCCUACGUGAUGGAGAAUAACGAAAUCGAUGCGUCCAUUUUCUCGGUGUCAGCUUCGGAUCCCGACCUAGGGCAAAACGGCCAGCUGUCCUAUUAUAUCCUGGAGAGCCAGGUUCAGGGCGAAUCGGUAAGCAGGUACAUCCACAUAAAUUCAGAGAGUGGCGUGAUAUAUUCCUUUCGAUCUUUUGACCACGAGCAAUUAAAAAACUUGCAGGUCCGAGUUCAAGCGCGUGAUCGUGGAGUCCCACAACUCGCUAGCAACGUCUCCAUAGACAUCAUUAUCCUUGAUCAGAAUGACAACGCUCCAGUGAUUGUGCAUCCGAUAACUGAGUAUGGGUCAACAGUGACAGAGACCCUACCCCAAUUGGCGGAUCCAGGGUAUCUCGUGACCAAGGUAACGGCCACUGAUGCAGACUCAGGGCAAAAUGCUCACCUAUCCUAUCGGAUUUUCCAUGAUAACAAUUGGGGACUUUUUACGAUUUCAUUGGAAACGGGUGAAAUAUGGACAACCCGAAGGAUUACAAAGACAGAUGCAAACAAGCAGAAGUUAGAUAUCCUUGUAAAUGACAAUGGAGUACCAGCACUUACAGCGACAAUUACUAUCAUCCUGACAAUUGUAGAAGGCAGUGCGGAAAUGCUCAAUGACCCAGGCAGUUUAGCUGAAAGCCCUGGCUUCACUUUUGAUACCAACCUGUACUUAGUUAUUUCUUUGGGAAUUAUCUCGUCGGUUUUUUUGGUGGUUUUAAUCAUACUGGCUAUUAAGCUUAAUGGAAGCAGAGCUGCUUUUGAUGGACGCAUAUGUUUUUUGGGCACAUGUUGCUGCUUUGAAUCGAGAAAUGGAAUUCAGAAAGCCAGCCGGAACCUACAGAUUACCCCCAACUAUGUUGAAGUAUUUGGGGGCGAUCCACUUUCCCAAAGUUUUCGUUAUGACACAUGUUCGCUAAAGAGGGACGUCCAUUUCCCCAGCACGUCCACAGAAAAUAACAAAGCUUGGAGGGAAAUCGUUGUAAACGGGGAGAAAGCUAUACUUAGUGAGGUGAGGCGCCUGGAUGGAAAGGAUAUUAAUCGACUAUGCCAACCAGAUUGGGUUCGGGAAUUUACAACACAUGUUUUACUAUUUCACACAAUUUCUUGUAUCUAUUUACAGGCCGAUCCAGAUGCCAUGGUACAAUGUUCUUUUUUUACUUGUUGA